AUGCCUCCCGAAGUACCACUGCCACUACGUAUUUUCCACAACCUUCCCAGCUCAACCACCAUCGGCUCAUCGACAGUACAGCCUCAGCCUUGUGCUAUCCCUCAUCCCCAAAAUGACGACUUUGUCCGCCGGCCGGACUUGGUCGAGCAGCUUGACACCCUCCUUCCAACCACUUCAGAAUUCAACAGUGCAGCCCUUUGGGGCCUCGGUGGCUCUGGGAAAUCCCAGCUUGCCCUAGACUAUGCCUAUCGCAGACGCCAGGACCCCGAGUGCUCGAUUUUCUGGGUGCACGCAGAUAAUGAAACCACAUUUGUUCGAGACUACCAAAUCAUCGCCAGGGAGCUAGGCAUAGAACUAGGCUCUUUCGGCAAUAUCGAAGACGUCCUGCUGGCAGUGCGCGACCGUAUUGAGGCCCUUCCCUCAUGGGUCCUUAUCCUAGACAGCGCUGAUCAGCUUUCUGUCUAUGGUGUUGGACCUGUGGCCAAGGCUCAUAGUCUGUUUAAUUACAUCCCUCGGGGCCGAGGCGGGACCCUCCUCUGGACUAGUCGUGAUGGGAAUAUUGUCGGAACGCUUGUUAACCCAUACAGGGGUGUCGAAAUCAAGGGAAUGACGCUGAAUGAAGCAGUGCGACUUCUGGAACUCACAAGCCAGAGGUCCAUUCACUCGGCGGAACACUCGGCGGCUACUGUCCUGGUUGACAACCUGCAGCGACUCCCUUUGGCCAUUUCACAAGUUGGAGCAUAUAUUCAGCGGAGGCAGCGGCCCAUCAGCCGAGUCGUAUUCAAAUUGAGCAACGAGUCUUCUAGGUGGCGCAUCCUCAAAGAACCCGAAGCGAGACGACAGUUCCCCAGGCCAGGAGUUUUGUCUGGUGUCCUUCAGACAUGGAAUGUUAGCAUGCGACGCCUUCGGUCGGAGAGCGAGGUAGCAUAUCGAAUUCUUCACAUUCUGGCAUUCACUGACGGCCAGCGGAUACGUUUCGGCAUCAUUGCGGCAGCCGGGAUAGAUUUCUCUCAGGACGACGUCGCUGACGCUCUUCAACGUUUGGUCGAUUUCUCCUUUCUAAGGCCACUGGACGCGGACGGAAAUUGCUACGAGAUGCAUAUCCUUGUACAAGAGGCCAUUCGUUAUGGCCUCAGGCAAGGCCAUGACCGACAAGAUGAGCUAUACUUCUCCAACAUGGCGCUACAGACCAUCAUCAAUCUAUUUCCAGACCCGUUUGGUGAUUCUUGGUUCGAAUGCGAAAACUAUCUGACCCAUGCCAUGUGUGUAAGCGAAUGGGCAGAACUUUGUCAAAAGGAAGUGGAGGUAUCCGAUCUACUCCAAGACGUGUCCAGCUAUCUCAUAUGCAGCUGCAGAUGGAAGGAGGCCGAGCUAGUUCUUACCAGAGCAUACACCCUUCGGUCGAGGCUCCUCGGGGGGAUGCACACAAAGACCCUCGACAGCAUGGAGCGCCUUGCUGGCGUCUACUAUGAGCAAGGUAUCUAUGACAAAGCGGAAGAAGUUGAGGCCAAGGUUUUCGACUUACGGCAACGGAUUCUUGGCGAGACACAUCCGGAUACCCUGUGGACUAGGGGACGGCUCGCUACCAUCUACGAUGUGCUUGGCCAGCACGACAAGGCAAGGGAAAUCGGCCUUGCCGUGUUCCAAACGCGCCAGAAUGUGCUAGGAGAUAGACAUCCUGAUACAAUAUGGGCUUUGUCACAAUUGGGCAAUACAUAUCAUCAGAUGGCUCAAUACGGCGAGGCGGAGGAAAUCGAACUGAGGGUCCUGAGACUGAGGCGGGAAGUCCUCGGCGAGAAACACCCAUCGACUAUCUGGACCAUGGCCAAGCUGGGGAUGAUAUACGACCAGCAGGACCAGCACGCUAAGGCUGAAGGAAUGCAAGUUCGCGCUCUAAAGCUCGGGCAAGAGGUGCUUGGGGAGUCGCAUCCACAUACCCUCACCGCGCUGUCGGAACUCGGUUUGACGUACAUUCACCAAGGUAGAGUGAAAGAGGCAGAGAAACUGCUGUCUGAAGUCCUAGAGCGCCGAAGAAAUGUCCUCGGCGAUCACCACCCAGAUACCAUCAUCACGAUGCGACGGAUGGUUGCCAUUUAUCAUCAUACAGAGCGGUUUGAAGAGGCCGAGAAAAUGGAAGACGAGAUAUCGUCAUUGCAGGGGGAAACGCUAGCGGGUACAAGCUCACAGGGCGAACCUAAAGCAGACCUUGCCUCGAUCUUCAUGAUGAGCGGUGGUCCUCGGGGCGAUACUGAUACUCCGCCCCCAGUGAUCGAUUUGAAGCCUAAGCCUUCGAUCCGAAGUCGCCAAGCUGCGCAGCACCCAAGCCCACACGCGCAUACCGUUGCUGCCUCGCUAAAGCCCAAGCCUUCGAUGUGGAAGCAAUUCAUUUGUCUCGGGCGGCAGUUGUCAUUUAAGAAAAGGAAACAGUCCUAA